GGAAAUCAAACAUGACGUCAUACCUAUAAGCGCUGACAUCUAGGUACUAACUUGCAACAGUAAGCAAGCGUGUUGGGCGACCAAAUUUUAGGUUGCACGACCGGCUGCUUUUUCUUUUAUCAGCUGCUCAUCUGGUGAGCCUUUAAAUUUCUUGAUUACCUACAUUUUUCACAGAAGUCGUCAAAUUACAAAAUUCGCCAUGUUUCCACGUGUUGUGUGCUCUGCAGUAGGUGGUCUUAGCAGUGUGGCCGCCCUGAAAUCCCAUGGUGGUCUGAAUAGUCUUUCAGUAAAAGCCGAUGAGUGUGCUAAAGAGCCAAAAUAUGUUGGUGAUGUCAUAAAGAAGAAGGUUGGUUUUCCUCAGCCCACUGCUUGUUGCAAACCUUUGAGAUUUAAAGACUUUAUCAUCUCUUAUGACUCGAGGAACAGAAUUCCCAACUGGGUCUACGAACAUCUCCAGUAUGAUAAGCUUUUCAAGGAUGAUCCCUGUGACAGGAGAGUGAAGGUGGAAAGAAACCAAUGCGCAAGCAAUGAGGACAAAGACAGGCCCAAAUUCACCCCGGACUGCCGUAUUCACGGCUAUCAUCGCGCAGAUGCCCGGGAUUACUGCGACUCGGAUUACGAGAUGGGUCUGUUGGCCCAGCCAGAGAAUUACCCAUUCGACUGCGAGGCCUUCUGCGAAUGUUUCACCAUGACAAACAUCGUCCCAGAGUUGCCUGGAUUCAACUGCGGCCCAUGGUUCGAUCUUGAAUGCUACAUUCGAGAGAAAUUGGUCAGAGAAAACAAGAGCGUCUACGUCUGUUCUGGACCGCUGUUCCUUCCGGUCACCGGUGACGACGACAAAACUAUCAAGUGCUAUGAUGUUUUGGGAGAUGGAGAAGUGUCUGUACCAACACAUUUCUUCAAGGUCAUCGUUAUCGAGACCCACGACGGUCAGUUGGAACUGGAGUCGUACAUGAUGCCAAACGCUACCCCGGAGGAGGGCGCCGAGGUGAAGCUGGAGGAUUUCCUCACCCCACUCUGCCAGAUCGAGCACCAUUCCGGCCUCAUCUUCUUCCCAGAGAAGAAAUGCUUCAGCAGCAAUAACAGGAGGAGGGGCGCCAGGCUGCACGCUCUCUAAGAUGUAUGACGUCACACAAUGAUCUACAGCCCUCUUUUUUUCAACACCUUCGACCAGUCCGCCAUUGCUACCUUCGUCCAUAUAAAACAACAGGAUUGAAGACGGUUGAUUUUCAUACAAUUCGGGAUUCUUCAGGGAUAUUUUGUCCUUCCCUCAAAAUUAGGACAUGGUCGAGAAUCUCACAUUUUGCGCAAACAGCGAUACUGGAUUCAAGAUGAUAUGGUGCAAACACAGUAAAAACAUAAUAUUUCAAGAGUUGCUUCGCCUGUUUGUGACACUCAAAUUUAUAUUAUUCUGACAUUACCACAACACACCAAUAUUAAAACAUAUGCAAUGAGAUGGUUCAAACAAAACUAACCUUCUGUUUUUCACAACGACAUCUACAGAUAACAUUUUUCAACAACUUUUCAACCUUGACAUUUACAACGGUGUACAGUGGAAGACUGAAGUAACACAUUAUGUCAAUUGAUAAUUCAACAAAGAGCUUCAUCAGUGGAAUCAGGGAAAAUAGAAGCACACACACUGAAAAAUGUCUGCUACUAGUUACUUGAACAUGUGCGCACAGUCAACCAUCAGCUUCAACACAGGCUGCAGCAAACUGAAGAGAGGUUUAUGAGCCAUUCCCAUCGUUUUGGGCCAGAAUGUCUUUCUUAUCGUAAUACACCGAGAACAUCACGACUUCAAGAAUAAAAUCUACACCAGAGCA